AUGUCCCGCCUGUGCGGGAGGCGGCAUCCGCGGUCUUCACGCCAACGGAGGCCGCUGUUGACAUGGAUGGCAGUGGCCUGCUUGAUACUUCUUUCCUGCUUGGGCUGCACACUGGCUGUGGCGAUGACACCAGACACACACAACGGCACGUUGGCGACGUCGCUGCCGACACUUGCCGAGCUGAAUGCGCCGCGGCGGUCGCAUGCUGCUGUUCCCGCGCAUCUUAUGGAUGACGCUUCCCCGUGCAGCAUGGACCAUGGCUGUCCGCACUCCUCCAUGGUGUGGGCCUCCGGGAGCUUUACCGUAAGCGACGUCCUCACCCCGUCCAGCUUCCUGACGACGUCGAACUUGACUCUAAAGAUGAGUCUCUGCUGCGGAUACAAAUACAACGGCACCCUGCUGCGAGACGAGGCCCUAUACGACACCUUUCUUCAUGUCCUGCUGCAGGCGUCCCCGUUUCAGGUGCUGACGACGGCAGAGAAGCGCAGAAUGUUUCCGCGUGAGCGGGUCACCAUCGUGGACACGGUGCUGCGGCGCCGCUACAAUGCGACGUAUGUGCCGACAGAGGAGGAUGCCCGACGCCAGAACGAUGGCGAUGGCGACGUCAUUCUCCUUGUUUCUGGAGCAGUGGGCGAUGGUAUCCUUCGCAUCCCGCUCUACCACGCUGCGGAGGAUUUCGUGCCUGCCGCCCCCGCCGACAUUCACCUCAAGAUUGCGAACGUGGCGAUCAAGUGCAAGUGCCCGCAUACUCUGCUGGUGAUGCCGAUGCUGCAGGUAAGACGCGAUACGCUUCCGCCGGUGAAGAUCCUGUGUGCGGGUCCGAUGUGCGGCAUGCCACCAGAUUCUUCUGGGAGGAACUUUGCACAGCUGCGUGGGGGGGCCUGGGCUGCUUCGUUUGCCGUGUCACCCGCACUACUUCCGGCGACAAGGGUUCACUGGGUGGUGACGGACGCGGGCACCGGUGACAUCGCCCUCGAGGAGUCGUUUCACGUGCCAACGGUGACAGACGACGCUGGAAUGUUGCGGCGGCAUCACGCCAACAGCAGCUACGUUGAAGUGCUUCCCCACCACAAGUACGAGGUGAAAGUCACGGUGUCUCGCGGGACAGCCGUGCAAACAAACUCCUAUUUUUAUUUGUUGCGUCUACCGUUCGAUAGACGUUGGGAGGUGGAGCAGAUGGCGCCACAGAUACACUUUGGCUUUGAGAGGCAUCUACGAGUCUCGCAGCGCACACGCAGCCAUGCAGAGCUGCGAGCUGCACUGUCACCGCAGCACAUGCCGGCCCACUACGUUGGAUACUGGGAGAAUACCCCACUCGAGGACCAACCGCUACCGCAGACGAUGCGGCGGGUUUUGCACAACCCAUACACAGAGGACACCGCAUCAUUUCCCGUGUUUGUGGGCCGUAACAACAUCUCCUACUACGUACGCGACGCGGAUGGACUCUGUGACCCAGUGCUGUUGGAGGUGCAUGAGGUAUGGGCCCUUCAGGGCAUUUUGUUGCAGCCGUCCACUUCCCCGCUGACGGCAUGUGAAGAUGACAUUCCUGUUGAGGCAUUAACCUUGAAAGGUGUGGUGGCGCGCGUGCGCGCUUCUCUGCUGGAUUCCGUGCGCUUCCACCAGAUCGCGCGUGGACCGUUGCGAGAGCAAAAUACCUUGGAGGGGCGGUUUGAAUGCAAAGAACGCGGUGCGGGACAGUGCCACAUCCACACCAGCUUCGCCAGUGGCGGGGUGAGCGGGGUUUUGCAAAUGCGAAAACGCGGUGUGGCGGAUUUGACGUGGGUGGUACAAUUUGAGGUGAACGACACGGCGUUGUUGCCGCCGGAGAACCUGGACGCGUCGGUAGCCCGCAUCCUCACCAGCGAGGAGGCGGAUGUGGUGGUCGUGGAGCUGCGCUCCCGCCCCGCUGUGGUGCUGCGUCGCCUCUCGACGCUGCCGAGACGCGUGAACGUCACGCUGGCGAUGAGUCUGCGCCGGUUGAAGGUUUAUCCACCCCGGUCGCUGGAGGUUGCAGCGGGUGACACGCCCAUCGGCCACUGGCUUGUCGCCGCACCGCUGCGGCUGCUCACCGUGGAUGACGCCUUUGUCGCUGAGCUUGACACGACGGGUGUGCCAAAUGUGCGGCAGCAGCUGCGGGAGGGGACCUUGCGGUUUAUGGCUGAGGACCCUGGUGAGGCGAUUGACCUCGGCGUGCCGUACACCUCCCGCUGCCCUCCCCGGAUAGUGGAACACGCGGUGACGGUGGUGGCUCUUGCGGCUCCGCCCAUUGCGCCGGCCCUCGUGCCUGUCUACACAGAGGACAGCUGCGUUCGUCUGUCAGCACCGCGUCCCUCGCGGAAGGACGAGGUUGUCCGCUGGCACAUUCCUCGCUGCGCGGAGGCGACGCAGGCGCCACCGUACCUUGUGGAGCCGGAGCGGCGACGACGGCAUGCGGAACAACACAGCACCUUGGCCCUAGCGGAGGAGGCUGAAGUGGAGGAGGUGCAGGUGUGCGGGAUUGCGGUAUACAGCUGGUGCGAUGCCGUUUGGACAGCGCGGAACCUUGUCGGGGCCGUCACACAGACCUUCUCCCUGCGCCGCUGUCAACGCCCCCCGCAGUUGCUGCUGCACAAGGACGGCCGGCAGCAACUGCGCGAUAUUCCUAGCAUUGUGUACGCGCUGCCGUCCGUUGAGUGGCUCGAUGAAGAUGAAGACGAUGACGACACCCGUAUGGGUGCUGCCGGUGACAGAGACGUGGAGGAUGGGAGCAGGGCGCCGCACCCGCCACGCUUUACAGCUCGGCGUGUCGUUCCCAUUGCGGGUGAUAGUGCGACGGUGGGCUACUCCUUCAACUACUCUGGCCCGCAGCAGGACUUUGACGUCAGCUUCAGUUACCUCCAUAACGCCGCACACCAGCUGGGGGUCACGCAGCGACACUUUGAACGUGUGGGUGAUGAAAGUCUGAACGAUGAGGCUGCUGCUGCCGCCGCCGCCGCGCCGUUACUCAUCCGCCGCUCCGUUCGACCUACAGCCGAUGACGACGCUGCUAACAAGCAGGAUGCGGAGCAUAAGAGUUAUGUUAAUAAUCAUAAUCGUAAUACUAACCUUGUGGAUAAGGACAAGGACAUCGUCCUGUACAAUAACGCGGAUACGGCGCAUGCUGUGGACUGGGAGCGGCAGAAGGCCCACGAGUCACGAGAGCGCGACAACGCCUUUGAUCUUCUCUUGGACGCUCGCUUUGCGUUUACACAUCGUUCCGCGCCGCGACAAAUGCGGUUUGACGGCCUCGGCAACAGCUCCCACUACCCGCUCCUGUACGAGGUUCGAUCCUCACCGACGGCGGUGGGCCCAAGCCGGGGGGCGGCGGAGUUUGAGCGGCGUGGCCUUUGCGUCCCGCAGCCUGGCAACAUCUCCGUCUUUGCGGUCAGCCCAUUCGGCGUGGUGCCGGCAGCGGAGGCGGGGACGCUUCCAUUCUGCUACCCGUCCUUUGUCUUCUCGCGCCACCCGUGGUUGCACACUAAGUACCACUUUGACUUCACGUGGGCGUGCGAUGGAGGUGCGAUUACGGUGGAGCGUCACACCCCGACAUCCUCCGUUUUGCGCCACAGCGGACCCGCUAACGAGACACGGUGCCAUCUGACGGUGCGGAACACCCUGACGGAGACUGUGCGGACAGACACGUUUAUGCUUCGACGCGUGUAUCCGACGCCGUUGCCGCCGGCGUUUGCGAUUCUGAGCGACAACGCCGCGAUGGGGGAGUGCUUCGCAAACGGCACGGCACGCCCCAAGCCGGCAACUGUCGCAGAUACCAACGGCGGCAGCCUCGACCCCGCCCCUCCUCGAAUACCACGGACACGGUGGGUUGUUGGGAAAAAAGUUAUUCUCCACGUUGAUGCCGCCGUCGAGGGCCGGACCUCGAACUGGGCCGCCAUUAGCGUCGUAUCGGCGGUUCCGUCGCCGGUGGGCACCCAACGGCUGCUGGACGCUAUUCAUUUUUUCCCUCUUCCACGGCACCCGCGCGCGCUUGAGCGGGGAUUUGGGGACGCCACCGUCUUGGUGUCAGGCAUCCGCGUACCUGGCCUGUACACGUUUGGCUACACGCACCCUGACCCUGUGUACCCAGGCGCCUGCCCAAACGCGAGCGUCACGGAGACGUUGCAUGUGGUGCACGCGCGGGUUCUUGAGGAGGAGAUGACGGUGUGUGGCGACACUGCGGUGCUUAAGGCCGUACCCAUCCCGCGCGAAAUUGAGUGUGAGUUCUUUGGUCAAUGGGAGGUGGUGUCGCUGCAGACGUCGGAGACCGAGACGUGGACCAGUGGCGCCAACUUCACCGGCAUCCGCUUUGACCACGGCCGGCGGUCACGCACUGUGGUGCACGGACUCCCGUUUGGCGUUGUUACGGUUCGAUGGGCCGUUUACGCCGCGGCCUCCACAGGUUCCAGCGUGCAGGAGAAUGACGAGGCACCGGCGCAGCGGCGGCGUGUCCUGGUGGACUACGCAACGGUGCGUCUGCUUGUUUUGACAGAGAACCUGCACUCGAACCGUCUCGUGACACUUUCACACAGUGUUCACAUCCUUGCCACCACCUCUACCUUGCAGUGGGCGCUGGUGGAGACGGGGGCGUCAUCCAGUUCGCUGCCGCUGCGUGGCCCACGGCUUCGUGUUGAUGCUGUGGCGAACAAGAGCGGCGUGCCCAGCCGUGAACGCAUGGGGUACCAAGUCGUGACUGUGACAAACCUCCCCAUCGGCCCUACACACCUGCGGUACGAGCUUCAUCCUUCCCUUCGUGUGUUUGGCCCGAUGCUGACAAAGCGAUGCCCGUAUAUGCGGCGGCAAGAGUUUGAAAUUGAGCGAGUAUCGGCCUUUCUAUCCGCAAACACAACACUUAGCCACGAGUGCGACGCAUACUCCGGACACGGACAAAUUUCCAUCUGCCUGCAUGCCGAAGGUGCACGAAGCAGGGGGCUUUUGUUCUCCUCCACCACCUCGUUCGGGGCCCGCCUUGUUGAUGCUGCCUCGUUUGAGGCAAUUGUGAAGGCCGGCGCAGCUCGGCUUGUGGCGCGGGGGUGCUCGCUGCCGUGGUGGGUUGCACGCACCACACGGUGGUCUGAAGUGCGCGCGGAUGCCACACGGCGCUGCGUCUCCUUCACAGUGACCGCCACGAGGCACUUGCACCCGAAGGAAGUUUUGCAUCACAUAUUCCUGGCACAGGAGCAACUCGGCUCCUCGCGUGUAUGUGUGCACGGCGGUGACUUUAUGACAAGUGAAAUCAUUGAUGGGGCAACAACGUGGGGUGACGAGGGUUUGACGCGUAAUUCACUCUUUCGCAGUGGUGAAAUUGUGCCAUUUUUGCCGUUUCUUAACCCGGCUAGCCUGGAACGCGAGGAACAGUCUAUGAGUCCUAUGCUGAGUCUGCUGGGGGUCCCCGACGCGGUUACCUCCGAGCUGGACGUGAGCGACGAGGGCAGGGCUGCGGUCGUGCUGCUUCGUCUCGACACCGCGCAGCCAAAGCAGAUGGGCGGCUACAUCUACACGGCGCCUGCGUUGGGGAGGCUCCAGCGGCAGCGCCACAGCCUGCUUGCAAAAUGCAUCCGCGGGACGGUUCGCGGAGCUGACGUGCUAAACUUUUGGACAGAGGUGAACCGCCCGGACGGCGUCGAGGGGCGUACCGCGCGGGAGUGGCUGGAAUACGUUGAGGCUGUGCGAGAGAAGCGGGUGGCGUGCGAGCCGCUUUUCGUCUCUCUCGCCCAUCUUCUGCCGCGGCUCGAUGACACGGAGGCCACCCUGCGUCGCCGUCAGCUUCAUCGUGUGCCGUCGAAGGAGCAGCGGUUGGUCACGCUGGACGUGAUUGAGCAGCAGCUGGAGGGGCUGCAACGGGAGUACCGCUGGACGCGGGAGGGCAUCGACGUGACGGGACUGCGCACAGAUCUGCAGGCCGCGCUUGCACGUCGCCGCAUCACAAAGAGUCAACUGGAGGAGAUUGAGCGGGCACGUCGUCUGAAUGGGGGAGAGAAGAAGCAACCGACGUUGCUUGACGUAUCGACGAGGGCGACUUUGGAGGAGCGCUUUGAGCGGGCCUUGCGGCUCUACAAGGGCGUCAUAAACGAGGACGUUGCUGCUGUGCGUUUGACACUGCCGCAAUAUGGCCCAUUCACGGUGCCGCAUAACCUUUUCCUUCGUACGGCGGUGCAUAAAGAUGUACUGUGCGGGACGAACGUCUCCGCAGCUGGCGACGUGGCCUCGUUGGUGCUGUUUGGUCGGGUAGAGGUGGUGGACGUUCCACCGGUGGUGGGGGCGACCCCUGCGGCGAUCAAACAGUGUGAGGUGGAGGGCGGUAUCCCUGUGAUUCAGGUCAACGUGAGCGGGACAACGUUUACCGGCAUGGACGCCUCCCCUGCGGAUCGCAUUCUGCUGGAGGAGGUGCACAACCCCAACAGCACAGGCCUUACCGACGCCAACCUUGAGGUGGGUCUCUUGCCUUGUCUGAAGCAAAUGUGGACCGGGAUGCGGGUGGCCACGUCGCCCGCGACGAGGAAACACUUGUAUCUGCAGUUGUCACCCUGUCCGACCUUUCAGAUGUUAAGCCGCACCGACUACGACGAGCAGCAGGAUAGCGAGUUACUGCAGAAGUUGUACCUGCCACGUUUGCUUCGCAUUACACUGCGCGGGGUGCUCGCCGAGGACAGCUACACAAAGGGGAAGACGUCCGUGUCGUUUGUUGUGGAGGUGCGCCCCACGUUGGCUCGACUGCAUCUCCGCAAACCACCUGCUCCUGGGGAGGCGGGGGCGCCAUCGUUGUCGUGGUCGGAGCCGACGCCCCGGCGACCGCUGCUGAUGUGUGAGGCGGACGUACGACGUCACGGGGUUGAGUUUGGUGUGGAGCUUAUUGGUGACCUGUGGCACGAGCGUGUGGGUGAGCAGGAGGUGGACGCCGCCGCCAACGAUGAUGAUGCGCAUUAUUAUUAUGAGGCUGGCAUGCGUUUGCCGCAUCCUGCGUUUUCUGACACAUGCAACGAGCCCGGUGCCGUUGCGCAGCUACAAUCACCGCUACCGGAUGCUGCGGGGCUUGUGAGCGGGGUUACUGCUGCUGCUGCUGCUGGUGGUGGUGCCCGUCGUCGCGCGCCGCACAACGUGGCGCUGAUCAAUAGCUUCAGCAUCGUGGAGCACUACCGCCUUGACAGUGUCCAUCACCUUCUUUUGCGGCAUGGCGGCCUUUACCGCUCGGACUUUGUGAGUUACCUCUUUGCCAUUAUGACCAGGCCGGAGAACGUGCGGCGGCACCAGUUCGUCUACCGUUACAACAACACCUUUGUGGGGGUUCGCAUCCCGGCGGACCGACCCGACGUGAAUGACCUUUACGACGACCAGCCGGACGACGCGCUUAGCGAUGAUCAUCUCCCACCGAUUCGCCCCUUCAGCACCAUUGAGGAGAUCCUUUUUGUGGUGCCUGGCAUUGCGACGGAGUGCCGCGGGUGUCUACUGGCGGACACGACGUACUUCAUGGCCGGGGACCUGACAGGGCUUUGGUUUUUUCCACCCGCCGCUUCGCCGCCAGUAGACCACAACACAUUGGUUGAGCCGCUGCGCGUGCCUUUUUAUGCGGCGUCACGGGUGCCGCGGGAGUGGCGCCUUUCCAUGCUCUGCCCAAAGGCGGCGUGGACGGCGCUGCAUCUCCUCUGGCGACACUGGCAGCCGCCGCGUGUGCAACGCGGGGGUCUUCCGUACCUGCAGUUUGAGUUGGUUGUGUACAGUCUGCGUGACAUCCUGGGCGGUGAGGUGCCGCUGUCGAAGCGUCCUAGCGCCAUCCUUGUCGGUAUCCCCGUCCCACUCGCGGAGUUACUGAGCGAGGACCAGGGCAGCAGGCGGAGUAGCCUCGCAGAGAUUGUGUUUCGGGUCAACGCGACAGCCGCAGAGCGUGCACAUGCAAUAAUGGCUUCUGAUUUUGCUCGUUACGGGCGCCGACAUCUGCACACGGUGCACGAUUACCUGCGCGACAGUCGCGGGAGCGGUGGGGCGCUGGCAGUGAAUGCCUCGGUCUUCCUGAGAGUCUGUGUGCCACCCACGGCGGCGGUGCCUGACACACAGUGCUCAAUUGUGAGUCUCACGCACACUCUGCUUGUUAUGGAAGAGCCACGGUUGGUGUCCUACUACGGCAGGCUGCGCCAGGGGUCGUGGGGCAGCAUUCUGCACCCGGCGGCGCUGCUGCAUCACGCCGGUACAGCGCUGCUGGGGUAUAUCGUGUUUCCGCGUCUACCACCGCUGCGCCGGGCAUUGGCGGUUGGCGGCACGCGGGACAUGACACCCUCAAGGACUGGUCUGACGCUGGUACUGUUUGUAGCCGUGGUGUUUCUCUAUAGCAUGGCCACGAGACUCUGGGCGGUGAUAUGCACGCUGCUUUGGGCGACGCUCCUCUGUCUCGUGCCGGAGGUGAUUGUGGGGGUCUAUUUUCUUCUGCACCUCCUCUUUUGGGCCUUUGUGAUGUGA